GCCUCCGUGUCUGUCUGUAGCGCUUUUCUCACAGCUUCGACACAGAGAGCCAGCUUUGAACCAGCCUGCCAAAAUAAACUCACCUUGCCUAUUUAUGCCCCUGCCUCCGCGUGCACUCGGGACAGGAGAGUGUCCGCAGCUUAGAGGACAGGUUCAGGUCUUUCCAGCUCGUCUCCAGCGGCGCACUGGCCACUUUUACGCGCCGGGAAUGGCCACUUUUGGGGACCCGGGAAUGAGUCCUGCUCCGUUACCUCCACACUAAAAUUAAAAAGGGGAACCCACGCGGGAGGACCCUCCAUCAAAAGAAAUACAGCGGGGACAUUUUGGCCACCCGCCCGGGGGUAACAUACCGGCCCCGGGGGGCGGAAUGCUGCUCCCGAAGCUGGUGACGUGCCUCGCCGGGUGCGCCUUUCUCCUCUCUCCGGUCAGCGAGGGUUGCGGACCGGGCAGAGGACAUGGCAAGAGGCGGUCACCGCGGAAGCUCGUGCCGCUCGCCUACAAGCAAUUCAGCCCGAACGUGGCCGAGAAGACUUUAGGGGCCAGCGGGAGAUACGAAGGGAAAAUAACCCGGAACUCUGAGCGCUUCAAGGAGCUCACCCCGAACUACAACCCCGACAUCAUCUUCAAGGAUGAGGAGAACACAGGUGCAGACCGCAUGAUGACACAGCGCUGCAAAGACAGGCUGAACUCUCUGGCCAUCUCGGUGAUGAACCUGUGGCCCGGGGUCCGGCUGCGGGUCACCGAGGGCUGGGACGAGGACGGCCACCACUCGGAGGAGUCGCUGCACUACGAGGGCCGGGCGGUGGACAUCACCACCUCGGACCGAGACAGGAACAAGUACGCCAUGCUGGCGCGGCUGGCGGUGGAGGCCGGGUUUGACUGGGUCUACUACGAGUCCAAGGCCCACAUCCACUGCAGCGUCAAGUCAGAUCACUCAGUGGCGGCUAAAUCUGGAGGUUGUUUCCCCGGUGAGGCCUUGGUCACAUUGGAGAGCGGCGGUCUGAAGUCCAUCCGUGACCUUCGACCUGGCGAGCGCGUCCUGGCCACCGCGGGAAGUGAUGGCAGCGGGGCGCUGGUUUACAGUGAAGUCCUAGCCUUCCUGGACCGUGACCCCGGGACCCGGAAGCUCUUCUACACCCUGCAGACAGAAGCUGGAGCCCGCCUCUCGCUCACCGCCGCCCACCUUAUAUUUGUGUCCGAGGGGAACUGCUCAGAGGGGGCGGUGCCAGCCCACGGCGCCCUCAGGACUGUGUACGCCAGCGACGCCCAGCCGGGACAGUGUGUGCUGGUGUCGGAGGGUAAAGCGGGACAGAGGCACAGCCGGGGGCGACUGUCUCGGAUCACCCGGGUCAGCAUGAGGGACAGCAGUGGGGCGUUUGCACCGCUGACCCAGCAGGGGACGUUGGUUGUUGAUGGAGUGGUGGCGUCCUGCUACGCCGUGGUGGACCAGCACUCCCUGGCCCACUGGGCCUUCUCACCGCUCCGGCUGAUUCACAGCUGGACUGGAUCCACUGGGAGCCACAGUGACGGGAUCCACUGGUACUCCCGGCUUUUACACUGGCUGGGGACGAUGCUGCUGGACUCCGGACGCUUCCACCCACUGGGCGUGGCUCAGGACGACAGGUGAGGAGGGUGAUAAGGUAGCAUGGCUGGACACGUUAAUCAAAAAAGGAACCUGAACCCCUCACUUUUUAACAAGGGGGACCCCAAAUACAAGCCCGUAGAGCUGUACAGGACCACGAUCCUGACAUGAUGGGACACGUUUGGGUUCCUACUGAGGCCUGAUGGGAGUUUUUCGGGAGGACAAAGACGGAAGAAAAAAAGCUGUGAACUGACAGAUGAAUUCUUCCAAAACCACAAACACAGACAGCAAAUAUAAGAGCGCUCGGAGGCUGAACGAGCUCAAAGAAGUGCGGAUGUUUCAGAGACUUUCCGUGACACUCGUAUCCUUAAAACACCAUGAAACAAUAAUCCCUUAAAAUAACCUUAAAACCUUAAUCUACCCUUAAAAACACACCAAACACCUUAAUUUUAAGUCAAGGAGAUCUUUCAGUUUGUCAAUUCAUUUAAAAAACUGAACCCCUUAAUUUACAAAUCCCUAAAUAAACAAGUUAUGAAGGUUGGAAUUUAGUAGGAAUUUAAUUAAUGGUUUUACUUUGUGGAUUAAUGUGGUAAAAAGAAAACGUUCACAUGGGAUUAAAGCCGUCCCUGAAAUUCAGGCACUUUUAAGGUAUACUGUAAAGUAAGGGAUGGCUUUCAUGUUGUUUUAGUCCACUUUAAGGGGUUUUUAGACUUCAGAAAACCCAUUAAAGUCCCCUAAAUAUCGUACAAUAUAGAUGAUUAGUUGAUUUUUCAAAUGUGUGGAAUGUAAUGAGUAAUUUAAGGGGAUCGUUAUUGGUCAACUUCAAGAUGUUUUACACCUUCAAAGCCCUCAAACAAUGCAGAUAAUCGAUGAAAACAUGUAUUAUUAUAUUAUGCCAUUGAAACAUCGAAAUUACUUCAAUAUAAUGGGAAAGAUUGGUGGGAUUUUAAGGUGAAUGUAAGGGAUUUAGUUUCAUGGUGGUCCACAGGGAUGUUGUGCUCUUUGUAUGUAACAUUACUGCUUUAACACAGAGAUUUUUUAGAACAAAUCAUAGAGUGUAUUUAAGUGUUUACAUAAAUCCAAUA